CUGUAAGUGUGGAGGAUGUCUGCAAUGCUCUGGUUUUUGCAUUUUAAGUGCAGCUUUGGAUGGUUUUGUGUUAAAGUAAAUGCAGUACUGGAUGUAAUUUUCUCUAUUUCACACGUGGAAACCGGAGCACAGGCAAGUGAUGCUCUUCACUAAACAUUUUCUCACUGACAAGACAUAAAUUAUUUCACUUGCUGCUCCUGAUGUUAAUUUGGAAGAGCCAGAAUAGUGAUCAGUGGGCUUGAAAGGAGACUUGCACAAGUUCACAGAAAGUGUAAUCUGACAAUAUACUCCAGGUGAUGAUGGAAACAACUACCUGAAAGGAAGCUGUGGAAGUUCCCAAGAGACAGCUGAGGCAGUUUACAAGACAGUUUUCAACAGAGUGGUUUAGAGAAAAGGAAGUCCAGGUUAAAGUAAUAUUUUGUGACAUUUGAAGAGCAAACAGUACUAUGGCUCCUUGAAUUUCAGAACUGCAGGAAGUGCAGCAGCCCUCCCUACCUCCAGCUUUACUUCCUUACUGUGACAUUCUUAUUGGGAGCUGUGGUUUCAUGCCCACUGGAUAUGCAGUGACUUGCCUCAGCAUCAGAGCAGAGGAAGCUGUUGUGGAUCAGGGAAAGCCAUGGCCUUGGGCUUGAAUGUUUUUAAACUCUUCUAUAAGUUCAAAGUGUUGGUGCUUGUCACUUUAUUUGUGAUGGUGCUAUGGACCACAUUCGGUUACUUAGUGGACACCAGACAGGAAAUUCCUAAAGCUAAGAGCAUGGUGGAGUUUUUCAGGAAGAUAACUAGCCUGGAGCACAGUCAGAAGGAAGAGAAGACUGAAUCCACUGCAGAUGUUCCCACGGUGAAGUCAUUUCAGGAUCCCUGCCCAGCUCUGUCUCCGUACCUGCGAGGUGCCAGCAAACUCUCCUUCAAACCUUCUGUUACACUGGAAGAGGUGCAGAAGGAGAACCUUCAGGUAGCCGAGGGCCGGUACCACCCUGUGGAGUGCUCAGCCCUGCAGCAUGUGGCCAUCCUUAUCCCACACCGCAACCGGGAGAAGCAUCUGCUGUACCUCCUGCAGCACCUCCACCCCUUCCUGCAGAGGCAGCAGCUGGAUUAUGGCAUCUAUGUCAUUCACCAGGCUGGCAACACCAAAUUUAAUCGAGCCAAACUGCUGAAUGUAGGAUACCUAGAGGCCCUAAAGGAAGCAAACUGGGACUGUUUCAUUUUCCAUGAUGUGGAUCUGGUGCCAGAAAAUGACUUUAACAUUUACAUGUGUGACACACAACCAAAGCACCUUGUAGUUGGCAGGAACAAUACUGGAUACAGGUUACGGUACCGGGGAUAUUUUGGAGGUGUAACUGCUCUUACAAGAGAUCAGUUUUCCAAAGUGAAUGGAUUCUCUAACAACUACUGGGGUUGGGGUGGAGAAGAUGAUGACCUUCGAAUCAGGGUUGAGAUGCAGAAGAUGAAAGUGGUGAGGCCGCCUGCUGAUGUGGCCAGGUACACGAUGAUCUUCCACAAGCGUGACCACGGGAACGAGGAGAAUCGAGAGAGGAUGAAGCUUCUCCGUCAGGUCUCUAGAACAUGGAAGACAGAUGGCCUGAAUUCCUGUUCCUAUAAACUGCUCUCUGUGGAACACAACCCACUGUACAUCAACAUCACGGUGGACUUCAGUGUGCAGCCCAAGGUCUCAUAGGGGCCAGCACCUCCCAAGUUAAAGGAAAUGGCAACAAAUCUCCUUUGUGGCUGCUGUUAGAGCAGAUGACUUCCAGCACCUGCUUGGAAGAGUCCUUCAGUAGCACAGGAGCAAGUAAAGUGCUCCUUCACAGCAUCUCAUUGAGUGGUUGAGAGUUUCCUUUUGUGAGGACUGGAGUUAUGGACUGACCCAAGGGACAGGUCCUUGUGUUCUUCUAUGCACUUUUUUUCUGGGACAUUAGAAAAUAUGUCCUUGUUUGAGCUGGUCCAAGGACUUGAACCAACUCCCUGAAAAAAUAUUUCAUUUUGCAACUCUUUCUAAAGUUAUUUGUGGUCUUAUUAAAAGCACAAUAACUCUUCAAGAACUACAAAGUUGAUGAGAAAAGUUAAUUUUUUCCGGCCUAAGGAAAAACUGCUUAUGUGUGAGGGAAGGGCAGUAAUGGUAAUGGGUAAGGAGAUGUAACAAAUUUCUCAAUAAAUGCACUCCACUGAA